CUGUUUAUUUGUAGGUUAUUUCGGCGACGUAUGUUGUGAGUUUGCCGCUUUUACCGACAAGUUUCCCGAUUAGAUUUCCCAUCUUUCCACCAAAAUGUCCCGAACUUAGUUUAAUUUUCGCGUUCUUUCUUGAUACCUCGCUAUUUCUUUCCACAGGAAACGUUUUUUUUAGAUUCCGUGAACCAUUUCCAGAUUCGCCGAAUGCUCGUUAAAAACUAAGCGUCUGUUGGUGUUUUUGUCGCUUGCACCGUAAAUUUUGUUUUCACAAAAUGAGGGAUCACGUCAAGUAUUGCAGUCUAGCGCUGAUGAUACAUUUUGCACUUCUAUCAACUGUUGAUGGAAUCAUGUUCAUCCUGCAUCCGAACACUCGAAAAUGCUUGAGGGAAGAGACCCGGCAAAAUGUAGUUGUAACAGGCGACUACAUGGUGUCCCAGAUCCCUGGUCAGCAAGUAUCGUAUGUGGUCACUGAUUCAAAAAAUCAGAUCUUAUGGAGGCAAGAAAAUGUUGCGAAAGGAAAGCUCACUUUUAGCACGGAAACCUUCGACACAUGUGAAAUAUGCUUCACAUCUAAAGUUGAUCCCUCAAAACGAGGUGAACCUCACGAAGUUAGUUUAAUACUGAAACAUGGAAUUGAAGCCAAAAACUAUGACGGACUUGCCGAUGCUGCAAAACUCAAACCCCUAGAAGCAGAGUUAAAGAUGCUGGAAGACCUUUCACAGUCUAUUGUUGAUGACUUUUCUGACAUGAGAGUCAGAGAAGAACAGCUUCGGGAUACUAAUGAAUCUACCAACAACCGUGUGCUAUACUUCAGUAUAUUCAGUAUGACUUGCUUGCUUGGUUUAGCUACAUGGCAAGUUCUAUACCUCAGACGUUUCUUCAAAGCCAAGAAGCUCAUUGAAUAGGUUCACCGCAGUUUUGUUCACUCUUGUUCUUUUGUUUGUAGAUUUUUGUUUUUUAGGUGUUUAUCACCGAUUUGAUUUUGUCUACCACUCUGAUGUAUCCUUUUAAUGAACUCAGCUAAAUAGCAUUUCCUUGGUUUUUUUUUCUCAUUUUUUUUAAAAUAGUCCUAAUUUGCAUCCUAUUUGGAAAAAAUUAAGUGAGUAAGUCCAUCUACGCUGGAGGCCUCUAACUAAAAUAUCCAAUCCACCCCCUAAAUUGUUAGGCACUUUCCUAAAACUUCUAAUAUAGGUACAUUUCUUUGCUUAAUUUUGUUUGAUCUGGUACCAAAAAUGGAAAAAAAAUUAAUAUUUUAAUGAAUGUCUCUUUCGCAUUGUAAUUUUCAAGGAUUUAUUCUUCUUUUGCAUAAAAUUAUUAAAUAGCAUCAUGCAGAGGUAAUAUGGUCAGUCUUUUAUGUUAGAAUAAUUUCCUAGGAAUUCUUCAACUGUAAAAUAGUUAUUGUACAUAAUUGUAGUUUUGAUUUCAGUCCAUCAAAAGGGCGUUUAACUAUGAUAUAACAGAAUUGUGGAAUAGUUUUAUGGUUUAUAUCGAAUGGCCCUAUUUUGUCUUACUGUUCCUCUUCAGAAAGUUUGACAACAGGCAGUGCCAGCGUUGUCAGAAAAAUUUUUGCUUAUCCAUGGUAUAUCAUCUUGCCUUCUUAUCAGACAGCAUAUUUUAUUCAGGAUGCUUACAGGGCUGAGAAAGUUCAGGCCAAAAAUGAUACUUCUCUGUUUUCUGUAUGGAGAUUUUUUGUAAAACACUGAAAUUUGUUUUCUGAAUGCGGCCGUCAGAAUAAUAAUUUUGAUAAUUCAUAACUUUAGUGUAGAGAUCUUGAAAACCUGGGGAUCAGCUUUGAAAUUAAAAGUAGAAUUUCUCUCUUUCAUCUUGGAUUUGUGUGAUUGUAGUUUGUUAAGGUACUCAAAGAAAGUUAAGAUUUAUUUGUAAUUUUGAUUAAAAAAAAACUGGACAAGCCUUUCUAGAAGUAUAGACAUUGAAUCUCCAAUCCAAAACUCAUUUAUCUCAUGAUUUCUGAGAAUUCUGAGAAAGGCACUCCAGGUAAUGUACAUCGUUCCUGGAAAAACUUAAAAAAUAGAGCUUCAACGUUUUUACUCUGAGUAGUAUAAGACCAUUCACCCUGAUAUUAACACGCAUUAUAGCUUUAUGCGCACCCUUGCUACGCUUAUUUUCUUUCAAAUAUGGUCUAUCUUUCAGGGGUUUCCUCUAAAGAGAAGGGGUAGACUAAUCGUGUGAGGUUGGUUUAUUUUUCUAUGUCCCACCAAAAAAAUUGCAUAUCAAUUUUAAAACUUUAUCUCCUUAGAAGCAUCUAUUUUAAAAGACAUGAAUUCUCAAGUAAAUCCAAGUAUUGAUAUUUUAUUUGGUUUUAGUCUGCAGGUUCCCCACCCAACAUCAAUCUGUCGAACGUUUAACAGGGUUCGUGCAGCCUGAGAAAGUCCUUGAAAAUCCCUGAAUUUUCUUCUUACUCUCAUGUACUUGAAAGUACUUGAUUUUUUAGAAAAGACGUGAAAAUAUACUUGAAACUCCUCGAAUUCUAGUAAACAAUAAUGGGUGAAACGAAGAAACAAUUUCGACUUCACAACUUUACCUCCUAAUUUUCGCGAAA